AUGGAAGAUGGGCAUAGGGAGAAAGAAAACACAGAUGGGCAGAAGAAGGUUCAAGAGGAAUUUGACAUAGACAUGGAUGCACCAGAGACAGAGCGGGCGGCUGUGGCGAUACAGUCCCAGUUCAGAAAAUUCCAGAAGAAAAAAGCGGGGUCCCAGUCUUAGUAGCUACCUCACAGCUUAAAGCAAAGUAAUUAUGAAAUGAUUUAUCAAGAAGAUCAGAAAUAACACAAAGAUGCAUGUACAGAAAUUAUCGAUAUUUAAAACCCCAUCAGCAGAACACAAACCAUGAGCUUGUGUGUGACUUCAUCCCAGGUGUUUCAUGCCCAUUAUCCUCUGUAACUCACCAUUUUAUUUGAUGUUGUAAUAAAAAGUUAGGGUGGAAUAAUUAAAGUGUCUGCCUUCAUCUGUCUUUUCAUAUUAAUCCAGCAACCACAGUGUUACAAAUGAACCCAGCCCAGAUGCUUGUUUUCCUCUUCAUGUAAAGCUCAGAGAUAUAACAACACUGUAUGUGGCCAGGUUUUUGCUGAGGGAUGAGAGCACGUCUCAGCCCUGCUUACCUCAUUUGGAGAAUUCCAGCUGCCAGACAAAUGUGACAAUAAAAUUACUUUCUCGUAACGAGUUGAAAGUAAAAA